ACAGCGAAAAGCGGAGAGAGAUCCGAGUGGAGAAAAUUCCGCAGAGUCACGGGGACAAGGGGGAAAGGCUCUGGGCUGGGAAGGGGCGUGGCCGCGGGUGGAGGGGCGUGGCCGCGGGCGGAGGGGCGUGGCCGCCUUUUAGAGCCAAGCAGCCUAUAAAAAGCGGCGCGCUGUGUCUUCCCGCAGUCUCUCGUCAUGGAAUACGCCUCUGACGCUGCACUGGACCCCGAAGCCCCGUGGCCUCCCGCGCCCCGCGCCCGCGCCUGUCGCCUGCUGCCUUGGGCCCUGGUCGCCGGGCUGCUGCUGCUGCUACUCGCUGCCGCCUGCGCCGUCUUCCUCGCCUCCCCCUGGGUCGUGUCCGGGGCUCGCGCCUUGCCGGGCUCCGCGGCCAGCCCGAGACUCCGCGAGGGUCCCGAGCUUUCGCCCGACGAUCUCGCCGGCCUCUUGGACCUGCGGCAGGGCAUGUUUGCGCAGCUGGUGGCCCAAAAUGUUCUGCUGAUCGAUGGGCCCCUGAGCUGGUACAGUGACCCAGGCCUGGCAGGUGUGUCCCUGGCGGGGGGCCUGAGCUACAAAGAGGACACGAAAGAGCUGGUGGUGGCCAAGGCUGGAGUCUACUAUGUCUUCUUUCAACUGGAGCUGCAGCGCGUGGUGGCCGGCGAGGGCUCAGGCUCCGUUUCGCUUGCGCUGCACCUGCAGCCACUGCGCUCUGCUGCUGGGGCCGCCGCCCUGGCUUUGACCGUGGACCUGCCACCCGCCUCCUCCGAGGCUCGGAACUCGGCCUUCGGUUUCCAGGGUCGCCUGCUGCACCUGAGUGCCGGCCAGCACCUGGGCGUCCAUCUGCACACUGAGGCCAGGGCACGCCAUGCCUGGCAGCUUACCCAGGGUGCCACAGUCUUGGGGCUCUUCCGGGUGACCCCCGAAAUCCCAGCCGGACUCCCCUCACCGAGGUCGGAAUAACGCCCAGUCUGGGUGCAGCCCACCUGGACAGAGUCCGAAUCCUACUCCAUCCUUCAUGGAGACCCCUGGUGCUGGGUCCCUGCUGCUUUCUCUACCUCAAGGGGCUUGGCAGGGGUCCCUGCUGCUGACCUCCCCUUGAGGACCCUCCUCACCCACUCCUUCCCCAAGUUGGACCUUGAUAUUUAUUCUGAGCCUGAGCUCAGAUAAUAUAUUAUAUAUAUUAUAUAUAUAUAUAUUUCUAUUUAAAGAGGUUCCUGAGUUUGUGAAUGGACUUUUUUAGGGGUGUUGUUGUGGGGGGGUGUCUUCGACAUUGCCGAGGCUGUUGUUGAACUCCUGGACUUAGACGAUCCUCCUGCCUCAGCCUCCCAAGCAACUGGGAUUCAUCCUUUCUAUUAAUUCAUUGUACUUAUUUGCUUAUUUGUGUGUAUUGAGCAUCUGUAAUGUGCCAGCAUUGUGCCCAGGCUAGGGGGCUAUAGAAACAUCCGGAAAUAGACUGAAAGAAAAUCUGAGUUAUGGUAAUACGUGAGGAAUUUAAAGACAUCCCCAGCCUCCACCUCCUGUGUGAUACUUGGGGGCUAGCUUUUUUCUUUCUUUCUUUUUUUUGAGAUGGUCUUGUUCUGUCGACCAGGCUAGAAUGCAGUGGUGCAAUCAUGAGUCAAUGCAGCCUCCAGCCUCGACCUCCCGAGGCUCAGGUGAUCCUCCCAUCUCAGCCUCUCGAGUAGCUGGGACCACAGGUGUGUGCCACCACACUUGGCUAACUUUUUAAUUUUUUGGCGGAGACGGUAUUGCUAUGUUGCCAAGGUUGUUUACGUGCCAGUACAGUUUAUAAUAAGCACUCAUUUUUCCUCCCUCUGGAGAGUUGGUUGUUAAAUUACCAGCACACGCUGUCCCUCUCUGCUCUACAGAGCUGGCCAGUUUCUUCAGCCCCAUAGUUUCCCCGCCAUACAGAUCUUUCACGGCCACCCCUAUAACUAGACACAUCCUCUGGCCAGCUAAGAUAGCCCUGUGAUUCUGCAACCCAGGCCUUAACAUGGGAUUUGUGGGGAGAGGAAGAUGGUCCCCCCAACUCUGGUCCGGGAGCCACUGUCAAAUCUCAUUGGUCACCGCCUGUCUGGUACCGGGUUGUUUGCCUGUUUUGAGUAAGACCCCUGGCAACAGGUGAUUCAAUUCCUUCGUCCCAGCUGAUUGGGUCAAGUUGGACACGUGACUUGAGCUGGGCCAAUCAGGUGUCCCCAGAAAUGUGGGUGGGCUGGACCACAGAGGCUAGAGAGUGGGGAAGAGGAAGUUGUGCACAGACUCAGGUGUGACCACAGAGUUCCAGAGAGACACCAGAGCUACUAUGAUUUCCUUCUUGCCUCUUGCUGGUGACAUGGGUUGCCAUUUUAAUGGCAGAAUUGCAAUAACUUUUGCCUCAACCUAAUAGUUUUCUAGGGCUGCCAUAAGAAAGUACCGUAAAGUGGCUGGCUUAAAGCAAACGAGAUUUGUUCUUGCUCGGUUCUGGAGGCCGGAGUCCAAAGUUAGGGUGUUGACAGGGCCAUGCUCAUUCUAAAGGCUCCAAGGAAAAGGCCUUCGUUGCCGCCUCCUAAGUUCUGGUGGUUGCCAGCAAUCCUCCAAUCUCUGCCUCUGUUGGUCACAUGGCUGUGUUCUUUCUGUGUGACUCCAUUUCUCUGUCUCUUCUUCCUCUUUUUUUCUUUGAGAUGGAAGGGGUCUCACUCUGUCACCCAGGCUGGAGUGCCGUGGCGCCAUCUCGGCUCACUGCAACCUCCACCUCCCGGGUUCAAUCAGUUCUCCUGCCUGUCUCCCGAAUAGCUGAGAUUACAGGCGCGUGCCACCACACCCAGCUAAUUUUUCUAUUUUUAGUAGAGACAGGGUUUCACCAUGUUGGCCAGGCUGGUCUUGAACUUCUCCUGACCUCAAGCGAUCCGCCCGCCUUGGCCUACCGAAGUGCUGGGAUUACAAGCAUGAGCCUCGAUGCCUGGCUUCUUCUUCAUUUUUAUGUAUUUUUUUUUUGUAGAGACAGGGUCUUGCUAUGUUGCCUAGGCUGGUCUUGAACUCUGAGCAACCCUCCUGCCUCAGACUCCCAAAGUGCCAGGAUUACAGGUGCAAGGCACCAGGCCCAAACUCUCCCCUUUUUAUAAGGACACCAGUCAUGCUGGAUUCAGGGCCCAUCCGCUUCCAGUAUGACCUCAUCUUAAUUUAAAUAAUUACAUCUGCAAAGACCCUAUUUCCAAAGAAGGUCAUUAAUAUAGUUUGGCUCUGUGUCCACACCUACUUUUUUUUUUUUUUUUUGAGAUAGACUCUCAUCUGUUGCCCAGGCUGGUGUGUAGUGGUGCAGUCUUGGCUCACUGCAACCUCUGCCUCUUCGGUUUAAGUGAUUCUCCUGCCUCAGCCCCCUGAGUAGCUGGGAUUACAGGUACAGGCCACCGCUCUUGGCUAUUUUUUUUGUAUUUUUAGUGGAUCUGGGGUUUUGCCAUGUUGGCCAGGCUGGCCUUGAACUCCUGACCUCAAGUGAUCUGCUCACCUUGGCCUCCCAAAGUGCUGGGAUUACAGACAUGAGCCACCAUGCCUGGCCCCCUUGAGGUUCUGAGCUCCCCUAAGCUAAAGACAAGGUGACAGACGGAUUGCUUUCCUUCUGGAGGCUCUAGAGGAGAAUUGCUUUCCUUGUUUUUCCAACUUCUAGGGGCUUUGUUUUUAAUUUAAUUUAAUUUAAUUUUGUAAAGAUGGGGUCUCCUCAUGUUGCCCAGGCUGGUCUUGAACUCCUGACCUCAAUGAGUCCUCCUGUCUUGGCCUCCCAAAGUGCUGGGAUUACAGGCUUAAGCCACCGCACCUCACAGCUGAUGGAUUUAAAGUGUGGCACUUCCCCCUUUGCUCUUUCCUUCUUGUUGCCUUGUAAGAUGUGCCUUUCUUCCCCUUCAUUUUCUGCCAUGAUUGUAAGUUUCCUGAGGCCUCCCCAGCCAUACGGAACUGUGAGUCCAUUAAACCUCUUUUCUUUUCUUCUUCUUUUUUUUUUUGAGUCUCACUCUGUCACCCAGGCUGGAGUGCAGUGGCACGAUCUUGGCUCACUGCAAGCUCCGCCUCCCAGGUUCAUGCCAUUCUCCUGCCUCAGCCUCUGAGUAGCUGGAACUACAGGCGCCCGCCACCAUGCCUGGCUAAUUUUUGUAUUUUUAGUAGAGAUGGGGUUUCACUGUGUUAGCCAGGAUGGUCUCGAUCUCCUGACUUUGUGAUCUGCCCACCUCGGCCUCCCAAAGUGCUGGGAUUACAGGCGUGAAUCACUGUGCCCAGCCAAACUUCUUUUCUUUGUAAAUUACCCAAUCUCAGGUAGUUCUUUAUAGCAGUGUGAAAACAGACUAAUACAGUCAUAUUCUGAAAUUUCAAAAAGGGCAAAAAUAGUGACAAGCCACUGUUCAACUUAGCCUAGUAUCGUGUUGGGGGCCAUGAAACGUCUGAGUGUGUUCCCAUGAAUUUUCUUCUGGGGUGGAUUUUGUUCCAAAUUUGUAGCCAAAUAACCUCUAAGACAAGAACCCCUAAGCAUGCAGGCCUUCAAGUCCCUCAGUGUUCCCUCGGGUGGCUUUGGCUUUCAAGUGAUUGCCCUGCUUUUGGGGUUAUGUGGGGCCUGGGUGUGCCUCACAGCAAGGAUGCUUCGACUCCAUAACGUUCUAGGAUGUUCCCAAGACCCAAGACUAUGCGUGCAGCUGAAAUUCUACAAUAAUAGCAACAAUAACCAUAUAUACAUUUAUUGAUGUUACUAGUCCCAGUCAUCAUGCAUCUAUUAUUACAUUUGCAAAGAUGCUAUUUCCAAAUAAGGUCAUAUUCUGAAAUUUUAGGAAGGAUAUGAAUUUUGUGGGGACACUCUUCAACUCACUAUUCAACUCAGGUGCAUUUAUUUUACUUUUUUGUUUUUGAGACAGAGUUUCCCUCUGUCACCCAGGCUGGAGUGCAGUGGAACCAUCUUGGCUCACUGCAACCUCCGCCUCCUGGGUUCAAGUGAUUCUUCUGCCUUAGCCUCCUUAGUAGCUGGGAUUACAGGUGCCCACCACCACGCCUGGCUAAUUUUUGUAUAUUUUUGUAUAUUAAGUAGAGACGGGGUUUCGCCGUGUUGGCCAGGCUGGUCUUGAACUCCUGACCUCAAGUGGUCCUCCCGCCUUGGCCUCCCAAAGUGCUGGGAUUACAGGUGUGAGCCACUGUGCCCAGCCCAGAUGCAUUUAUUAAUGUUUAUUAGUCCCAGGCACUAAUUGCCUUUUGAUGACUCCUGUGAGAAGCUGCUAUUCUAUAAUUAUUUCCAUUUUAUAGACAAGGAAACUGAGGCCCAGGGAAGUUAGUCUAAUACCACACAGCCCCAGUAACAGGCAGAGUGGCUGACAAUGUGAAUUCUAGAGCUGGACUUCUUGGAACCCUGGAUCUGUUCCAAGUAACCCCAUGGAAUAUACAAGAGCGUAGCGUGUUUGAAUUCUGUUCCUUCCACCCUCAAAUCCACAUGUUGAAGUCUUAACUCCCAGAACUGCAGAAUGUGAUAUUAUUUAUUUAUUUAUUUUUUGUUCUAACAUGAUCUGUUUUUUGUUUUGUUUUGUUUUGUUUUUGAGACAGGGUCUUGCUCAUUCACCCAGGCUGGAGAGCAGUGGUAUGAUCACAGUUCACUGCAGCCUCAACCUCCCAGGCUCAAGUGAUCCUCCCACCUCAGCCUCUGAGCAGCUGGCACUACCAGUUUGCACCACCAAGC